AUGCUUCCGAACUCUCCACCCAAGGUGAUGUCGACUCCUUCUUCGAAUCCCUCAAAAAAACCACUCCUUCCGAUUCCUCAGAAGGUUUCUCCGCCACUCUCUUCUCUCCUAGUGGUCGAUAUCGCCCAAUGGAUCCCCAAAGUCUCAUGCAGCGGUUGUAUCAAAGUGGUUCCAGAACGAAUCUACAGCAUGGCCAUUCACCCCCAAACCAACCCCCUCCUCGUCGCCGUGGGAGACAAAGGCGGGAAAAUCGGGUUUUGGAGCUUGCCUGCAUCAUUUGAUCAAUCCACACUCCCCGUCCUGGAAGACGGCAAACGGGACAUUUCGGGUCUGGGAACGUCGUGGGAGUUUCAGAUUUCGAAUGAACCCGUGACGAGGCUGUUUUUCCAGAACGAUGGAAUGAGUUUAUAUUGUUGUUCAUAUGACAAGUCGAUUAAACGACUUGACGUUGAAACGAAAAAAUUCGAAACUUUCUUUAAACUCGAUAAGAACUUUGAUGAGGACAUUUUCUUACACCAUUGCGUACCUUUUCCCAAUUCCGAGCAUUCCUUCCUUGUGAGUCUCAGCAAUGGAGAGAUUUUGACAAUUGAUGAGAGAAGUGGCAAAAUAGAAUCCUGCUUUCAGGCACACACAAAGAAGGUCAACACAAUCGAUGUUCAUCCCUCAAAAUCCUAUAUUCUGACCGCUUCCCUUGCGCGGUCUGUUAAAUUGUGGGACGUACGGAAACUCCCGAAGACUUGGGAGCCUCACUUUCAUGAGCGAGAAAAACUUCCGACUUGUCUCGAUUGUUUACAUGAAUACGAGCAUUCGCUCUCCGUAAAUUCAGCGUUUUUUAACGCUACUGGCGAGAUGAUUGUCACGACCUGUCAGGACAACCAUCUUCGCGUGUUUCCCACAAUCACAGAGCCGGAAAAGGAAGAUUGUUGCGCUUCCAUAAGCCAUCGAAAUCAGACUGGCAAAUGGCUGACAAAACUGAUGGCACUUUUCUACAAGCCUUUAGGCGUAAAGAUGAAAAACAAUGAAGUUAACUAUUUUUAUUGUGGAUCCAUGCAGGAGCCAAGACAAGUGAAUGUUUUGCUUCUUUGA